AUGGCCGUUGCCGCAUUCUUUGAAGCAGAAGAUACUCCACUCACACCAAGCACGAACCCAAAUACAGAUACAAAGAUCACAAUCCUGGAAGAGAUAUCAGAGGUCUUGCAGACAUCGUCAGACGCCGACCAUCGUCGAAAAAAGCAUCGUUCACUUCUACUGGCCUUGCCUGCCGAACUACGAACUGCCAUCUACGCCGCCGCCUUGCUUGACAACGACAACGACAUAUCUCUCUUGCGCACCUGCAAACAGAUCUACAUGGAAGCCUCGCCUACUUUGUACCAACGGCCCGUCAGCUUCUCCUCCCAGGCCACGCUCACCUCAUGGGUCGAGAGAAGUCAGGAGGCCGACCUGAAACGGGUCAGAACACUGUCGCUACGGUUGACGGACAUCGACAUGUCAUCGCUCUUCGAUAACGAUCUCGAAAGAACAAGUCCACGCCCGACUGCUUGGAGACUGUAUCAACGAGAACUGGAAAAACUGGACCGAGCACUUCGAUCACUCUCCGGCCUACGGAAUCUGAGCAUCGCCCCGCCAGAAAAGAUUCAUUCGCAGCUGCUGAAAGCAAUGUACCUCUCGUUUCUCGCCAUGAUACCCACACGACUACCAGUGCUCUCACAACUAACAAUCCACGACGACGAAUCGUUGAUGAAUAAAGCCCCGAGUCUGAAGUUGCUUUCGAGCCAUGCGAGAUUAGUCUUUGAUACAGUGAAGCGUCCUCGACAUGUGGGCUCGUCUUCGAGUGAAGCUUCGACGGAUUUGGAUAAGAUGGCUGAUGAUGUUGUGAUGGUCGAUGGGGUGGCUAUUAAGAUUGAGAGUAUGGAUACUGAUUAG